AUGGCUAGCUUUACUGAAGAAGCAAUGGAUAACUAUAUGUAUUCAGCCUAUAACCCUUAUUCCUAUAGGUAUUUCAAUCCUAAACAUAAAGGGAUGAGUUGGAGGCAAAAGAGCUACUUGCCCAAUUAUGGAGAUACUGGGGAUUAUUUUGAUAAUUAUCAAAGAGCUCAGUUAAAAGCCAUCUUGUCUCAAGUGAAUCCUAACCUGACACCAAGGCUGAGGAAAGCAAACACCAGAGAUGUGGGUAUUCAGGUGAAUCCUAGGCAAGAUGCAUCUGUUCAGUGCUCCCUGGGCCCCAGGACUCUGAGGAGGGGUGGAGCCUUCAGAAGGCCCCAACAAACUCCACAAGAACAAAGCAGUCCUGCAUCUCCUACUAAAACGGUAAGGUUCCCCAGGACUAUUGCAGUGUAUUCUCCUGUAGCUGCAGGGAGGCCCUCUUCAUUUAAGGAAGAAGAGGAGGAGCAGCAGGAGGAGGAGGAGGAAGAAGAAGAAGAACAAGAACAAGAACAAGGGCAGGAACAACAGACAACUGAAAAGGAGAGUGAAGAGGGGGAAAAAUCCCAAGAAGACACCAAAGAGAUCAAGGUAGCAGCAGAGGACAAAGUGGAGUGUGAAACCAAGGAAGAGCCAAAAGAGGGGGAAAAUGAGGGCCAAACUACUGCCUCUCCUGGCCAAUCAAGAGUGAGGUUUCAGUUCCUGGAGCAAAAAUAUGGCUAUUACCACUGUAAAGAUUGCAACAUACGAUGGGAAAGUGCCUAUGUUUGGUGUGUACAGGCAACCAAUAAGGUCUAUUUCAAGCAGUUUUGCAGGACUUGCCAAAAAUCAUUCAAUCCAUAUCGUGUUGAGGAUAUCAUGUGUCAAAACUGCAAACAGACCAGGUGCAUUUGCCCUGUAAAACUCCGCCACGUAGAUCCAAAAAGGCCUCACCGUCAAGAUUUGUGUGGAAGAUGCAAAGGCAAAAGGCUUUCGUGUGACAGCACAUUCAGCUUCAAAUAUAUCAUUUAGUCCAGUCCGGUUUAAGUGUACUCCAACUGUUAUAAUUUGGCCAGGAAAGUGCAUGUUUUUUGUUUAUUGAAGAUUGCGCAGGAUGUAUUUUGUAAACAACAAUAAAAAAAAACUUACCCCAGCACUUCUAGUACACUAAAUAAAACAUGUGGGUUAUAUGAUGAACAA